CAUAGACUGUAUUCCUCGUCUUGGUUCGCGAUAGUGUUGCGCUCACGAUAAUGCUUUGCAUGGCUUACAGAAUAGGAACGACGACGUUAAGUUAGGCAUCUUCGCGGUGAUUGGUUCCACCCCGCACCGUCACCUCAGCUGCGCUUUAGCUGAGCUUCAGCUGAAGGAUUCCCUCGCACUCAAUACAUCCUUUCCAAGACGUUUUCUCCGCGCUACAAUCUAAAUAGCAUUGAAUCAUUGUGUUUGAAUCGCUCUCUCUGUGACAAUGGCGGACCCUCUCAGUAUUACCGCUUCUGUGGUAGGCAUCACAACAGCAGCUCUUCAGAGCGCUCAGUUUCUCGUCAAGACGAUCGAUAAUAUCAAAGAUGCGCCAGGCACGAUCAAAGAUCUCAGCGUCGACCUUCGGGUAGUCGAGUGUGUUUUGCAGGAGCUGAAUGCCAAUGUACAAUACGCUUCCUCGCAGAUCAUUCGGAGCAGCCAAAUCGGGCCCGCUGUCGAGAACUGUGACAGAGCAUGUAAAGCAUUUCAGUCACAAGUCGAGCGCUGGACGAAGCAUUCCAAAGAGGAUAAGAUAUUCUGGAUAUCUCGAUGGAAGAUCGGAUUGUUUGGGCCAGACAGGAUUAAAACCUUCAAAGGGCAACUCAACGACUGUAAAAGCACCCUCAACAUUGCCCUCACUACAGCGAGCUUAUUAGAAAUCGCCAGCCAGAAGGAAUUAGCGAAGGAGCAGAAAGAUAAUAUACUUGAAGCAAAUGAAGCCGAUCUUGAGCAAGAGCUCAUUAGGGCAGGCAAAGAGAUGGUGGAGAUUGAGCAGAGUUUGCAACAAUUCAUAGUUAGUGGAGGCACCGAGCGAGAUGAGGAGUUGGAGCAGAGCAAGAAGGAGCUUCUCCAGGAGCUUGAAAGACAGCAAGCUGCUAGCACUCUAUUGCGCAACAUGUGCGAGGAAGCCCUCUCGCGAACUGUGUAUCAGCGCACCGGGCAGAAGAUCAAGGGCAUCAAAGCAACAAAUGAUGGUAUAGCUCUGGCAGGAUUUAUUAACGUGCCUGGAGAAGAGUUGAAUAUAAGUCAAGACAUUUCGGAUGUAAGUGCUAAUAAUAAGGGGUUUGUUAUUGUUGGAGUUGCCAAUAAUGUAGAUAUUAAGGACUUGCGUCCUCGGUAGGUAAGCAGGCAUAUUAGGGUCUCGGGAAAGGCAAUAUUAUGGAAAGGGAUUCAAGACUUGAAAGGACAAUUAAUUUAACACAUUUCUUCGGCUCCAAAG